AUGUCCCAACACAAUCUCAGCAACGAUGGCCUGGUAGAUCUCGAUUAUGACUCGAGAAACUAUCUCCAGGCCCAAAGCUGGCCACUGGCCGUCGACCAGAAUAUUCCACGACAGGAUGAUGCUCGCGACAUCGCGCCUUUGCAGACAAGCGGCCAUUCCUUCGACCAGCCGAUCCAAACAGGCACCAAUUUGAUGUCCGAAUGGCAGUUUCAGCAAUCGCUUCAUACUCAAGUCCCGUAUCCGCACGUUGAGACCACUGGUCCUCAGUUCACUUCGAGUUUUGGCGUUCCCCUGCAGGCGUCUCCCGUCGACUUUCUGCCUGCCUCCCAAGCAGCAGCUUCUUUGGAUGCCGGCUCUCUGCUUGAUGGCUCGUAUCUUUCGCUGUCGGCUCCCGUCGACAUUAGCAUGCCGUUCACCUAUCCCGAGUUUCAGGAACUCAUGACCUUUCCUAGCGGGCUACCGGAUUUGACUUCAUAUGGAAGCAUUGCUCAUAACAUUCCCGAGAGCAGCUCACCCACGGACACGUAUCUCGAAGUCCGCUCCUUGACCAGUUCGAGCAGUGACAAUGGAUGGGCGACUGUCGACCAUCGUGCUAUCGAUCACUUUCACACCGAUCAUGCAUUGUUCAUUAACCCUACACAGACCUUGCACGACCGAAGCCUGUCUGAAUCCUCAUACUCGGACUUUGAGCCUAACCGCGCUUCAUGGGGCAGUUGGGUGGACGUUCAACAUCCCAUCAGCUCCCCGGGCUCUGAUCAUCUUGACUUGAUUUACAACCCUGCUGUGGACCGAAGGAUCUCGCUUGAUCACGCUUCCCAUGGAUCCGUGUCUCCAGUUGCUGUCAGCCCUGUCGCUAUUGUACGACCAAUUCCAGUACCCUCUAAGAAGGUCACUUCUCCAUCACAUUCACCAAGAUCAUCCACGUCAUCUUCCUCCUCUUCACCUUCGUCGUCUUCGCCCCCAGCCAGAAAAAACACUCGCAAGAGCCCGAUAGCCGCCAAAACUGCCGAAACAAAGGUUCGCAAGCAAUCCCAAGCAGGCAAGCCAGAGACCACCGAGAAGCGUAUUGGAAAGCGCAAGGGACCUCUUAAACCAGACCAGAGAAAGCAAGCCAGCGAGAUCCGAAAAUUGCGAGCUUGCUUACGUUGCAAAUUCCUCAAGAAGACUUGUGAUAAAGGAGAACCUUGCGCUGGAUGCCAGCCUUCACAUGCUCGUUUAUGGCAAGUUCCUUGCACCCGAAUCGAUAUCAAGGAAAUCGGCUAUUUCAUGAAGGACUGGAAGGCGGAUUACGAACGUCACGUUACCCUGGGAUUCUCUGUUGGAAAUAUCAAGGGCUUCUCUGAGCAAGAGAGAGUCCUCUUUGUCACUCACGGCUACGGCGAGAUUCUGCCCAUCAAUGCUCGUGAGGUCUUUGUUCGGGACGAAGAAUGUUUCAACAUGGACUGGUGCGAGACCGUGGAACGCGAGAUGGGCCAUUACCAAGUCUCCACUAUGAAGUUCUCGGCUGGCAUUGAAGGCAUCUCCCAUUCGAAACUAUCCGAUUAUUUAGACCGUCACAUUGACGGCAACGGGAGCUACGAGAAGUUUGUUGACGACUACUUCGACGGCACACCUUUCCUGACUCAGAUGUUGAAAACUGCAUUCCGCUACUACUUCCGUACCAAGCUGCCAGUCAUCCGCAAGGCAUUGAAGUUGAUCCUUGCCUACAACCUUACUCUCAGUGUGACGAUGGUUGAGGGUAUUGGUGAGGACGAAGACUUCUUGGGUAAGAUCGAGGGCGAGGGUUCCCGAUUCCGAGGAAAGACAAUGGCACCUGUCAUGAUCAACUUCCAGAUCAAAUGUGCCAUGGCCAACAUGUGGCGUGAGUUGCAAAAGGACGUCCUUGAGGAGCUCUCGGCUCUUUACUCUAGUGUGUAUAGUGGCGAUAGGCUUAAGAAUUGGCCCACCAUCUUCAUUUUGGCUACUAUCCUCCUUGCUGUUUGGGAGGAAAUGCAGUUUGACUGCCACUACCGUGUUCCGGACGUUUCUGCCGUUGACAAGUUCUGCCAUGACAUGGAGUCUACUCCUGUCGGCGUCAUUGUCGGCCUUUUCCAGGCUAUUUCCCAGAAAUUGCCCGCUUUCACUGAUUGGGAGACCAGCAAGCACCAUCAGUUGCUUGCCUCCAACCCUGAUGUCUGCCAGACCAUGACAGAGGUUCGACAUCAUGUUAAGCAGCACGAAUCCUACCUCCGUAACCGCUCCAACACGAAAUUCAACCGUAACGACUUCGACUGCCUGUCGAACAAAUUCCUGUCACGACUAGUUAUUCGCGCUAACUGA